AUGGGCAACCAUUAUAUGGGCACCACUCCCAUCAUAACCAUCGGUGACCCAAAACUGAUCAAGGACAUUCUGGUGAAGGACUUUCACGUGUUCACCGACCGGUCAAACGUACGCAAAACAACCGACGCUAACAACGCCGACAAUCUGUUCCGACUGACAGGGGAUGACUGGAAACGCGUUCGCUCUAUCAUUAGCCCGGCGUUCAGUUCGGGCAAAAUGCGACAAAUGUUUCCCCGCAUUAGGGAAUGUAUGACCGACUUUGUCCGACACCUGGACAAGUACGCCGAUCCCGGCACAGGUUUAAUUGACCUGGAUGUUAAACAUGCUUUUGGCUGUUACACCAUGGACGUAAUUGCAACAUGCGCGUUUGGCAUCAAGGCCAAUAUUUAUAGCGCGCCCGACAGUCCCUUUCUAACCAACGCUGUGCAUACGUUUGACCCGAACCCCGUAAAAGAGAUGGCCACCCUACUGUUGCCUCCCAGGGUGACCAAAUGGGUGUCACAAUUUUAUAAAAGUUACGCUAAGUUUUACAUACAGCCCGUGCGCGAGGUUAUCACAAGUAGACUGACCACAGAUAGACAGUCACAGGUUAAGUAUAAUGACUUUAUACAGCUACUGAUGGACGCCGAGAAGGAAGGUCAGGUGGUUGAUGUCGGUGCGGGUGCCAGUAGUGGUGCCGAUAAUGCUGAGGGUCAUCACGUAAAUGAGGUAAGGGCUAAAUUUACACUGAGAAGGAAAUACAGUGAACAUCACCUAGCUGAUCCAGUCGUGGUUGAUAUGGUCAUGUCCAGUAUUGUAUGGAGAUUCAUAAAAAAUUGUCAAAACGGGCGAAUGGCCAUAAGCACCGAAGUUAUGGCCAUAUUUCUGACUAUUUGCAUAGGGCUGAAUGCAUUGAAAAUUGGCUUUUCACAUGAGUAA